CCCCCAAGAUUUUCAUAGCAAAGAUGGAAUGGUCGCUUCUGUGCGGAUCCUCCAAACCAUCGUUGGGAGAGGCCUCCUUAAAGUCUAGGAGAAAAGUUGUUUGGGGCCGAUAUGAAAGUAAGGCAAAGCCGGAUGGAGGAGAGUAGCCGAAACAAGCAAGAAAAGGAAAAGCGAUCGUGAUGGGUUUAGGAAAGGUGAUCUGGCGAGCUAAAUGGCGUUUCCGGAGAAAUCUGAAAACUAUUGCUUUAUUGAAGUAUAGCAAAGAGCUGUCCGGGCUCUGGAAACUCCUUAACGGAUCAAAACGGAUGCAAUGGGUAUCUUUCUCCAACGACACACCUCAAACGGGCCGGGAGCCGGGCAGUUAGCCACCCGCUGCCUCCCCUUCCGCUGUCCGGCUCGCAGCCGCUCAGCUACCUCUAAAGCCCGGAGCAGGAAAGUCCGCGCAGGCCUGGACGGCCCGGGUGGUAAUCUAGCAGGCCUGCACAUUGCGCAUGCGCAGGGGGUGGACUGCCAGGUCGGCUCAGGGAGCCGUGACGAGUCCGGAAGCGCCUGCGCGCGCUCCUCGGUACGAGAACUAGUUUUGUUCCGUGCCCUCUGGACUGGAACCUUUUGGAGAGAACCCCCGGCAGGAACAACCCCGCACCCGCCAGCACCGCGGCAAUGUCCAGCAAUAGUUUUUCUUACAAUGAGCAGUCCGGAGGAGGGGAGGCGACGGAGCUGGGUCAGGAGGCGACCUCAACCAUUUCCCCCUCGGGGGCCUUCGGCCUCUUUAGCAGCGAUUUGAAGAAGAAUGAAGAUCUUAAGCAAAUGUUAGAGAGCAACAAAGAUUCUGCUAAACUGGAUGCUAUGAAGCGGAUUGUUGGGAUGAUUGCAAAAGGGAAAAAUGCAUCUGAACUGUUUCCUGCUGUUGUGAAGAAUGUGGCCAGUAAAAAUAUUGAGAUCAAGAAGUUGGUAUAUGUUUACCUGGUUCGAUAUGCUGAAGAACAGCAGGAUCUUGCACUCCUGUCCAUAAGCACUUUUCAGCGAGCUCUGAAGGACCCAAACCAACUAAUUCGUGCAAGUGCUUUGAGAGUCCUGUCAAGUAUUAGAGUGCCAAUUAUUGUACCUAUCAUGAUGCUUGCUAUUAAGGAAGCUUCUGCUGACUUAUCACCAUAUGUUAGGAAGAAUGCAGCCCAUGCAAUACAAAAAUUAUACAGCCUUGAUCCAGAGCAGAAGGAAAUGUUAAUUGAAGUAAUUGAAAAACUUCUGAAAGAUAAAAGCACAUUGGUAGCUGGCAGUGUUGUGAUGGCUUUUGAAGAAGUAUGCCCGGACAGAAUAGAUCUGAUUCAUAAAAAUUACCGCAAGCUAUGUAACUUACUAGUGGAUGUUGAAGAGUGGGGGCAGGUUGUCAUAAUCCACAUGCUAACUCGAUAUGCUCGGACACAGUUUGUCAGCCCUUGGAAAGAGGGUGAUGAAUUAGAAGACAAUGGAAAGAAUUUCUACGAAUCUGAUGAUGAUCAGAAGGAAAAGACUGACAAAAGGAAGAAGCCGUAUACUAUGGAUCCAGAUCAUAGACUCUUAAUUAGAAAUACAAAGCCUUUGCUUCAGAGCAGGAAUGCUGCGGUGGUUAUGGCAGUUGCUCAGCUGUAUUGGCACAUAUCACCAAAAUCUGAAGCUGGCAUAAUUUCUAAAUCACUAGUGCGUUUACUUCGUAGCAAUAGGGAGGUGCAGUAUAUUGUCCUACAAAAUAUAGCAACUAUGUCAAUUCAAAGAAAGGGGAUGUUCGAACCUUAUCUGAAGAGUUUCUAUGUUAGGUCAACUGAUCCAACUAUGAUCAAGACACUGAAGCUUGAAAUUUUGACGAACUUGGCAAAUGAAGCCAACAUAUCAAUUCUUCUUCGAGAAUUUCAGACCUAUGUGAAAAGCCAGGAUAAACAAUUUGCAGCAGCCACUAUUCAGACUAUAGGCAGAUGUGCAACCAACAUCUUGGAAGUCACUGACACGUGCCUCAAUGGCUUGGUCUGUCUGCUGUCCAACAGGGAUGAAAUAGUUGUUGCUGAAAGCGUGGUUGUUAUAAAGAAAUUACUGCAAAUGCAACCUGCACAACAUGGUGAAAUUAUUAAACAUAUGGCCAAACUCCUGGACAGUAUCACUGUUCCUGUUGCUAGAGCAAGUAUUCUUUGGCUAAUUGGAGAAAACUGUGAACGAGUUCCGAAAAUUGCCCCUGAUGUUUUGAGGAAGAUGGCUAAAAGCUUCACUAGUGAAGAUGAUCUGGUAAAACUGCAGAUAUUAAAUCUGGGAGCAAAAUUGUAUUUAACCAACUCCAAACAGACAAAAUUGCUUACCCAGUACAUAUUAAAUCUCGGCAAGUAUGAUCAAAACUACGACAUCAGAGACCGUACAAGAUUUAUUAGGCAGCUUAUUGUUCCGAAUGAAAAGAGUGGAGCUUUAAGUAAAUAUGCCAAAAAAAUAUUCCUAGCACAAAAGCCUGCACCACUGCUUGAGUCUCCUUUUAAAGAUAGAGAUCAUUUCCAGCUUGGCACCUUAUCUCAUACUCUCAACAUUAAAGCUACUGGGUACCUGGAAUUAUCUAAUUGGCCAGAGGUGGCGCCUGACCCAUCAGUUCGAAAUGUAGAAGUAAUAGAGUUGGCAAAAGAAUGGACCCCAGCAGGAAAAGCAAAGCAAGAGAAUUCUGCUAAGAAGUUGUAUUCUGAAUCUGAGGAAGAGGAGGACUCUUCUGAUAGUAGCAGUGACAGUGAGAGUGAAUCUGGAAGUGAAAGUGUAGAACAAGGCGAAAGUGGGGAGGAAGGAGACAGCAAUGAGGACAGCAGUGAGGACUCCUCCAGUGAGCAGGACAGUGAGAGUGAAAGGGAGUCAGGCCUAGAAAACAAAAGAACAGCCAAGAGGAACUCAAAAGCCAAAGGAAAAAGUGAUUCUGAAGAUGGGGAGAAGGAAAAUGAAAAAUCUAAAACUUCACGUUCUUCAAAUGAUGAAUCUAGUUCAAUAGAAGACAGUUCUUCCGAUUCUGAAUCAGAGUCAGAACCUGAAAGUGAAUCUGAAUCCAGAAGAGUCACUAAGGAGAAAGAAAAGAAAACAAAGCAAGAUAGAACUCCUCUUACCAAAGAUGUUUCACUUCUAGAUCUGGAUGAUUUUAACCCAGUAUCCACUCCAGUUGCACUUCCCACACCAGCUCUUUCUCCAAGUUUGAUGGCUGAUCUUGAAGGUUUAAACUUGUCAACUUCCUCUUCAGUCAUCAGUGUCAGUACUCCUGCAUUUGUACCAACGAAAACUCACGUGCUGCUUCAUCGAAUGAGUGGAAAAGGACUAGCUGCCCAUUAUUUCUUUCCAAGACAGCCUUGCAUUUUUGGUGAUAAGAUGGUCUCUAUACAAAUAACACUGAAUAACACUACUGAUCGAAAGAUAGAAAAUAUCCACAUAGGGGAAAAAAAACUUCCUAUAGGCAUGAAAAUGCAUGUUUUUAAUCCAAUAGACUCUCUUGAGCCUGAGGGAUCCAUUACAGUUUCAAUGGGUAUUGACUUUUGUGAUUCUACUCAGACUGCCAGUUUCCAGUUGUGUACCAAGGAUGAUUGCUUCAGUGUUAAUAUUCAGCCACCUGUUGGAGAACUGCUUUUACCUGUGGCCAUGUCAGAGAAAGAUUUUAAGAAAGAGCAAGGAGUGCUAACAGGAAUGAAUGAAACUUCUGCUGUAAUCAUUGCUGCACCACAGAAUUUCACUCCCUCUGUGAUCUUUCAGAAGGUUGUAAAUGUAGCCAAUGUAGGUGCAGUCCCUUCUGGCCAGGAUAAUGUACACAGGUUUGCAGCUAAAACUGUGCACAGUGGGUCAUUGAUGCUAGUCACAGUGGAACUGAAGGAAGGCUCUACAGCCCAGCUUAUCAUAAACACUGAGAAAACUGUGAUUGGCUCUGUUCUGCUGCGGGAACUGAAGCCUGUCCUGUCUCAGGGGUAACCUGCUUACAUCUGGACUUUAGAAUCUGGCACACAACAAAAGUGCCUGGCAUCCACUACUGCUGCCUUUCAUUUAUAAUAAUAGCCCUUCCAUCUGGCAGUGGGGGAAGAAUACACUCUUGACAUUCUUGUCUCCUGCUUUAGAAUGCCAGUGUGUAUCUAUCAUGUAUGCAAUACUUUCCCCCUUUUUGCUUUGCUAACCAAAGAGCAUAUAUUUUACUGUCAGUUGUCUCAACUCUUGAAUCCAUGUGGCGUUUUCUCUGUCCUGCUGCUUCUUUUGGCCUCCUCGUUUGCCUUCUCUUUUUCGACAAUGGUAGACAUGAAUGAGAUAUUUAAAGUUCAUUGGAAAUCUUCUUCCCUACAGCAGUAAGCAAAAAUUAGCAAAGAGAUAGUCUAAAUGGCCUCUCAGCUUGGUAUGUGAAAAUGAGAUCACAUACUUUUUAAAUCCAAAUACAAAAAACAUAGUCUCUUUGUUCUUUGAAUUUCUUGAUAUUGUAAUUGAUUAUUGAUAACUGUCAUCAUGAAAUUAUCUCUCAAUAAUAAGAUAAAUAAACUAGCAUAUGAAUCAUA